AGGAAAAGAUAAUAAGGAUGAAAAUGGCUCCCCUCAGAAGUCAAUGCAACAACAAAGAACUUAAUCGAGGAGUAUGGACCGCUGAAGAAGACCAAAAACUUGCAAAGGUUAUUGAAAUCCAUGGUCCAAAGAGAUGGAAAACAGUUGCAGCCAAAGCAGGUCUGAGUAGAUGUGGGAAGAGUUGCAGGUUAAGAUGGAUGAAUUAUCUGAGGCCAGACAUCAAGAGAGGCAAUAUAUCAGACCAAGAAGAGGACUUGAUACUCAGGCUGCAUAAACUCCUUGGAAACAGGUGGUCUUUGAUUGCGGGGAGAUUACCUGGACGGACUGAUAAUGAGGUCAAGAACUACUGGAAUUCUCAAUUGAGCAAGAAAAUAAAGCAACAUGAAAAACAAAUUAGAGCUUCAACGAAGCCAGAGAAAAAAAAAGUGAAACUGGGCACACGAAAAACAAGGGAAGAAGAAGGAACUUCUAAUGCAGAUGAGGGUUUAUCUAGAGAUGAGUUAAUGGAUUGCUAUAACGAAGAGCCUCUAAACUUGGAGUGGAUGAGUAGAUUUUUUGAGAACGACGAGAGUUGGUUUAAAUAUGCAUGAUGAUAAUAAUUCAACUUCAUUUACAUAUAUUUUUCUGGUUAAUUAUUUUCUUUUGCA